AUGGCGCUCGUGAGGACGUUGAAAAGCAUCACCACCUCGAACGAGGUAUUUAAAGUGGUGGGCUGCAGAACAUUUGCUGCUGGAGGUGCUAAAACGAAGAAAGGCUCUAAAGGUGGUGCUGCUGGAGAUGCCCCCAAAGCAUCAUUGUUAAGCAAAGAAGCGAAAUCCACUACGGUUUAUGGUGCCAAUAUACUAAAAGACGGGCAAGACCCUAAAAUCUUGCCUGAUUCUGAGUACCCGGAUUGGUUGUGGCACUUGCUCGACAAACGCCCCGCCCUUAGUGAGCUCAAGAGGAAAGACACAGAAAGUCUUCCAUUUGACGAUCUGAAGCGCUUCGUCAAGCUGGAUAACCGAGCCAGAAUCAAGGAGAAUAAUAUGUUAAAGGCCAAAAAUUGAGACACUUUUUGUAUGUACGGUGCAGUUAUUGUCUUGGACAUGGGUUUUUUUGACUUGUUUCAGAGAUGAUCAAGUUUAAUUGACAGGUGCAUUAGCUCUACUUUCUCUGAUAAGAAAGUGUGUCGUUAUUGUUGAGCUAAGAACAGCUCUAUAAAUUGUUGACUUUGCUUUCUAAUGAUGGUGUACUUGUUUGCUAUAUUACAUGAAGUUUAUUUUGCUUCU